CUUUAAUCCAGGUAUUCAACCAUUGUGUCAAGAGGUUAAAUUUGUAAAUACUACCAGGGGAAUUGGGAUAAGCACAUUGUUACGAUCGCAAGCGCACGGGCAAUGUCUGUAAGGACUAAGCCGUUGGUGUUAGGUUUGUUUGCCUGUGGCGACGAUGGCUAUAUUGCUGGCGCAUAGCCGGUACAAUCAAUAGAUGGUGGAAGAAGCGGAAUCAGAAGCUCUGACUAGGUCCACAGCCCUGCCUGUCCUCGCUGCGGAGAGCACCAGCGACUGCACGAUACAUGUUGUAAGUUCGGCUGGUGGACAGGAUGCUGCAGCGGAGGCGAAACAGCUGGAGGGACUGCCACUGCUGCAGCAGGAGCCUACUGAGCCAUCCGUCGCGCUGUGCAUCGAAGCAAGCUCAGCAAGCGAUGUGGACGACAGGGAUCCCCCAAAGCACGUCGUGCAUAAAACGGUCAAGUUCAGCGACGUUGUAGAGUAUUUAGGACCCGAGGAAGAUGGCAGCGAGGAUAGCGACGAUGAUGACCAUCUGCGAAGGGUCAUCGUCAGCAGCAUCAUCGGCAACACGCUGGAGUGGUACGACUUCCUGAUCUACACCUUCCUGGGCGGAGUGCUCACAAAGCUCUUCUUCCCGCACGACAAUGUAUACACGCAGAUGCUCGCCUUCUACGGCGUCUUCGCUGCCGGGUUCGCCACCCGGCCGCUGGGUGCGCUGCUGUUCGGGCUGCUGAGCGACCGAGUCAGCCGGCGGGCGGCGCUGGCGGCCAGCAUGGGGCUCAUGGCGCUGCCCACGGCGCUGGUGGGCUGCCUGCCGACAUACCAGCAGGUCGGUGUUGCCGCGCCGGUGCUGCUGGUGCUGCUGCGCGCGCUGCAGGGCCUGGCGGUGGGCGGCGAGUUCAGCGCCACGCUGGUGUUCCUGGUGGAGCACGCUCCGCCGCAUGCGCGCGGGCUGGCGGGCAGCUGGGCAUUUGCAAGCGUCAUGAUUGGUGUGCUGGUGGGCAGCGGGGUGGCCACGGGGUUCUCUCUGGCGCUCAGCGAGACGGCGCUGCUGGCCUGGGGCUGGCGAGUGCCGUUCCUGCUCAGCCUGCUGGGAAGCGGUGUGGGGCUGUACAUACGCAGGCGCCUGCGUGACCCGGUGGCGGAGGAGGCGGACGAGCCACACCACCCCCACCCCCACCACUACACGCAGCAGCUGACAGGCCAGGAAAACGGAAGGAGCAGCAGCAGCAGUAGCAGCGGCAUUAGCGCAAACUCUAGCACUAGCAACAUUAAUAGCAGCAGCACUAGCAGCAGCACUAGCGGUAGUCGGCGGGGCUCGUUCCGCCGCAUGGCCUCCGGUAUCGCGCAGGUCAUCCUGCUAGACUUCAUGAACGCAGCGGGCUUCUACCUCCUCGUCAUCUUCCUGCCGCUCUACAUGCAGACCUUUGUCCUGCUGCCCCACGCCACCGCGCUUGCCGUCCACACCUCCAACAUGCUGCUCUAUCUGGGCCUUAUCCCGCUGGGCGGCUGGCUGUCCGACAAGUACGGCAGGACGCGGGUGCUGCUGCUGCCGGCGCUGUGCAUGGCGGUGGGGUCCUACCCGCUGUGGUGUCUGUUCCGGCUGCAGCGGCAUGCGGCGGCUGCCUGGGCGGCGCAAGCGGGGCUGACGGUGCCCAUGGCGCUGUUCACGGGGGCGUUGCCGGCCACCCUGGUGGCGCUGUUCACGGCGGAGUGCCGCUGCACCGGUCUGUCCAUCGGUCACAACAUCAGCAUGGCUGCGUUCGGCGGCACCGCCCCGCUGGCCGCCACCGCGCUGCUGCGGGGCACGCGGGACGUGGCCUCCCCCGCGGCGCUGCUGGUGGUGGGGGCGGCGCUGAGUGCGGGCGGGGCGCUGCUGCUGCGGCGGUGGAAGAUACGGUAGAGGGCAGGGGGGAGCAGGGAUAAGGAGGACACGACUAACGAACCGGAGCAGGGAGGCAGGGG